AUGAAAAGGAAGACAAGUCUUUUCAAGACCUUCAUCAAGAUAAAGAUCUUUGUCAAGACCCUCAAGGUCCAAGAUCCAGGACAGGGGGUGCUCCGCCUGCGUGGUGGUGGCAAGAAGCGCAAGAAGAAGAUCUAUAUCCCUGAGAAAGAACAAGAACAAGCUUACUAUCCUCAAGUACUACGAGGUCGACGGCACAACCGCCAGUAUUACAGAAAGUACCACCUCACCUACAUCUUCGACAAGUCCAAAGAAGGGAUUAAGUCGCUCAUAAUAACCUCCUCACAAGUGUUAUAUUUGCGUCCCGUAAUCACAAAGACGCGUCAUUUUGUUGUUAUUUUACUACACAUCUGGCUGUGCCUUCCGGAAAGGGACUAUUCGCCACCAGCAGAACACCCUAAACACCAAAUAAAAAACAUCAUCUUCCGAACUUAUCAGAUUCAAACUUCCGAGUCUAGAACGUCAGUUGCUGAUAACAACAUCACACCGUACGUCCCGGAACUUGGAAGAGGAAUAGCAGACAUCACGGAUCCACGCAGAGCCACUCCCGGUCCCUCUAACACUAGACGUGACGAUCCAAAAGAGAACGACAGAGCAAACAGCGGAGACAAUGAUUUGACCAGAUCUAACACCCAUAAUAGUGACGUUCUCUGUCCUUCCAUCAACACUUCUCAUUUUAAACGUAUCGUCAAAGAACUACCUGAGAUUAUAAUAAGUUUCAAACAUAAAUCUUCUUACUAUGUAUUAAACGAGUAUAAUAUCUCGGACAUGUACAAGACCAAUAACAUGAACAUUAGAGAAAAAGAGCGUGAAAGGCAGCAUGUCCGCUGUCAACUAGCUAAAAAGCAGACCAAUAAAAUCACAAGAUUACAGCAACAGGUGUUAGAUCUCAAUCAAACUAUAAAACAAUCCAGCCAGAACUAUACCACUCAUCAAGAACAAAUACAAAACAGAGAACAGAUAUUACAACAAUAA